AUGAGGAGUCUGGUGGUUCUCGCUUUUGUGGUAGCUAGCGCCUGUGGAUGCGGCCUUCCCACCUUCCCUCCUGUGCUGAGCAGGGUGGUGGCAGGAGUGGACGUCAGGCCUCACAGCUGGCCCUGGCAGAUCUCACUCCAGUCAGACAGCAGUGGGCGCUGGAGGCACGUCUGUGGAGGCACCCUCAUCUCCUCUGACUGGGUCCUCACUGCUGCACACUGCAUCAAUGACCGCUACAGUUACAGAGUGGAGCUGGGUAAACACAGCCUGAAGGGGAGCGAGGAGGACUCGAUAGCUCUGAGGGCGGCCAGGAUCAUCACUCAUGAGGACUACAACAUCUUGCUCAGCCGUAAUGACAUUGCCCUCAUCAAGCUGUCUUCCCCUGUCACCUUCACUGACACAAUCAAGCCUGCCUGUCUGCCAGAGCGGGGCGUCGUCCUGCCCCACGGCGCUCCAUGCUUCGUCACCGGCUGGGGUCGACUUUCCACCAGCGGUCCUCUGGCUGACAUCCUGCAGCAGGCUCUUCUGCCAGUGGUUGGCCAUGAUACCUGCACACAGCCCGACUGGUGGAGCGUCCUGGCAACAGACAAGAUGGUCUGUGCCGGGGGAGAUGGCGUCACUGCUGGCUGUAAUGGAGACUCUGGUGGCCCCCUGAACUGCCAGAACCCCGAUGGCUCCUGGGAUGUCCACGGCGUGGUGAGCUUCGGUUCUGGUCAGGGCUGCAAUGUCUUCCAGAAGCCCACUGUCUUUACGCAAGUCAGCUCUUACAUCAGCUGGAUGAACACAGUGAGGAAUAUUUCCAUUUUCUAA